GAGACUCCCUCUUUCCAGAGGGAAUCUAACGGGACGUUUCCUCUCACCUUUCAGACACCUGUCGUCAUGCGGCAUUCUGAUGACCAGAACUCCCAGAAUGCUUUGCUUUCAGGACACGAUGACGACGGUUCCUCCGAGCAGAAACUUCCUCAGCUUCACCAACAAGAGGAAGGAGUACUCAGAGCGCAGGAUACUCGGCUUCUCGAUGCAGGAGAUGUACGACGUGGUGGCCAACGUGGACGACUACAAACACUUCGUCCCGUGGUGCAAGAAGUCCACGACCGUCAUGAAGAGAGCGGGGCACGCCAAGGCUCAGCUGGAGGUGGGCUUCCCCCCCGUGGUGGAGCGCUACACCUCCAUGAUCACCAACGUGAGGCCGCACCUGGUCAAGGUGAGUCCUGCAGAGCAACGCAGCUGCUGCUGCUUCAAGGUUCAAGGCUUUCAUUGCCAUGUGUGCAGAGCUACAGUGUGACAAGGAAGCUCUGAG